AUGGCGUUCUUCCCUGGAGCUGGUAAAGAUCAGAUGCGCGCUGAUCAACUCAUGAAACGACGUCAACAAGAACACGAACAGAUUGAAAUCAAGAAGAAAAAGAUCGAAGAAGAAAAUCGUAUGCAAGCCAUCGAGGAGAAAUUCAAAGCGCAUUAUGAUGCUGUUGAACAGAUGCUGAAAACGGAUACGGUUGGUCUGGUAUCCUUAGAUGAAAUGAAGAAGAAGCAGGAAGAGAUUAUCAACGCGCGUGAACAACAGUUGGCACGUGAAAGAGAAGCUAAACUUGGCGAUUCAAUGAAAAACAAACAAAACAAUCAGAAAAAUGCUGGAGCGCAUCAGCGACCGAGUAAACUAUCAUUUGCUGAUGAAUGGGACGAAGAAGAAGAAGAAGAAGAUGUUGAAGAAGACAAGAAGCCUCAGCCAGUUAAGAAUGAGGAAUCUGUGACUACCGAUGAUCACUCAGAGAAGUCGAAUGAUGUUCCAACAAAUGAAUAUGCGGAUAGUAAUGAUAGUACAUCUCAAUCCGGGCUGACAAAUAUUGAACUUGAUCAGCUGGUUGCUGCAACGAACAAGAAACGUCUUGGUAAAAAUCCAGAUGUUGAUACAAGUUUCUUACCUGAUAGAGAUCGCGAAGAAGAAGAACGAAUUCUACGCGAAAAGCUUCGUCAAGAAUGGGUUGAUAAACAGCAAAAGUUGAAAAAUGAAGAAGUCGAUCUUGUCUUCAGUUACUGGGAUGGUUCAGGACAUCGCCGUUCGGUACGAAUUAAGAAGCGUAUGACAAUACAAAUGUUUCUCUCGAAAGCAUUGGAAAUCCUUCGAAAAGAAAAUAUGUUUAAUGAACUAAAAUCAGCGUCAGUCGAUCAAUUGAUAUUCGUUAAAGACGAUGUCAUUCUUCCGCAUCAUUAUUCAUUCUACGAUUUUAUCGUCACACGUGCGCGCGGCCGAACAGGUCUUCUGUUUACUUUCACAGAAUCACUGAAGCUUAAUACGAUCAUUGAAGUACCAGCAUCGGCGACAACAACGACAGAUAUGAACUCAGGUGAUUCACCUUCAUCGUCAGGCGCGAACGAUAAUCAACCUGGAGGAUCAUCAGCUCAUGCCGGAAAGAUUUGUUUACGUUCGUGGUAUGAGCGAAAUAAGCAUAUCUUUCCAGCAUGCCGUUGGGAACCAUACGAUCCGGAAAAACGUUGGAAUACGCAUGAGCCAGUGAAAAAUCGUUUUUGUUUGAAAUAA